AUGUGGUAUUGUAAUCGAGGAAUUCGCAUUCUUUUUAAUGAUAAAAAUACAACAAAAUGUUUAUGUCCACCAAGUUAUUUUGGUAAUCAAUGUCAAUGGCAAAAUCAACGAAUAAGUUUAACAAUUCAAUUAAUAUAUCGUACAAAUAUGUACAUAACAACAGUUUUUCAAGUUAUUGUUAUGCUUAUUGAUGAACAAAAUCGAAAUGUAUCAUAUUAUGAACAAUUUACAUUCGUACCAAAACGUGAUUGUAGUUCAAAAUAUAAUCUUUAUUUACUUUAUCCAAAUCAACCAAAAAAUUCUUCUAUGAAUUAUUCAAUACAUAUUGAUUUAUUUGAUAAAAUGAAAUUAAUCUAUUUAGGAAGUUGGCAUCUUUCUAUUCCAUUUCAAUUUUUACCUGUUAAUCGAAUAGCUACUCAAUUAUUUAUUCCAAACUCAAAAAUAAUUUUGAAAUCAUGUCCUUUAUUUUGUGGUAAACAUGGUCAAUGUGUACCAUACAUUAAUAAAAAUCUUUCAUACUUUUGUCAAUGUAAUGAAGGAUAUUCAGGUCAACAAUGUAACAUUCAACAGAAUUGUUCUUGUUCAUUAGAUUCAUAUUGUCUUCGAUCAUCUAUUUGUAUUUGUCCACUACAUAAAUUUGGUUCAAAAUGUUACUUAAAUAAUUCAAUUUGUCAAAUUCCUAAAAAUCCUUGUGAAAAUAAUGGAAUUUGUAUACCUCAUGAUGAUCCUAUAGGUUUAAAUACUUUUACAUGUUUAUGUACGAAAAAUUUCUUCGGAACAAGAUGUGAAAAUCUCAAAAAUCAAAUUGAUAUUGCAUUCAAUGAUAAAAAUAUUGGCAUGAUGUCAAUGAUUUGGAUACAUUUUAUUAGUUCAAUAGAAAAUGGUGGUCAUCAGCGUAAUACUUUAUUAAAAAAGAUUAAAUUUGCACCAAAUAUAAUUAGUGUUUUUACAAUUGAUCCAUUUCAUGCUAUAUUUAUUGAAUUAACAAAUCAAACCUAUUAUUUAGUUGUAUUAAGAGAAAAAUUUAUCGAAUCCGAAUAUAUUCAAACAAAAAUUUUACCAAAUUAUCGAUGUUCAUCAAUAAACGAAUUAAUGAAUAAUACAUUUUUAAAUUAUUCUUUAUUUCAUCGUGUUAAAUAUUAUCCUCAUUUAUGUCAACAAAAAGAACAAUUGAAAUGUUUCUAUGAUGAUAUAUAUAUGUGUAUAUGUGAUCUUAAUCGAUUUUCGAAUUGUUUUACAUUCAAUAAAACUAUAUCACAUGAUUGUCAAGGUGAAAAUAUUUGUGAAAAUAAUGGUCUAUGCUUUCAAGAUACUCUUAAAUGUCCUCUUCUAUCAAUUUGUAUAAUUAAAUUUUGGCAAUUAAUUUUAUCACAAAUUUCAAUAAUUAAUAAUCGAUUAUUUCUUAAAUGGAAUUGUAUAUUAUUAGAUGUGAUUCUUAAAAUUUUUGUAGCAUCAAAUGAUUGGUUUUAUGGUUGUAUUGCACUCGAACGAGUAUUUACAGUAAUUAAAGGUAUUCAUUUUAAUCAACAUCAAAGUAAAAAAAUAGCUAAAUGGAUUUGUCUAUUCAUAUAUCUACUAACAAUUUUUACUCAUAUUCAAGAUCCUUUUUAUCGUCAUUUGAUUGAUGAUAUUGAUAUUGAUGAAAAACGAACUUGGUGUUUAGUUCAAUAUUCUUCUGCAUUAAACAUUUUCAAUAUGUCUAUAACAAUUUUACAUUUUAUUCUUCCUUUAUCAGUAAAUAUAAUUUCUACAAUAUUAACAAUAAAACACAUGGCACAUUCUCGUUGGCAAACUCAAAAUGCAAUACCAUUUUCUACACAUUUACGACAACAUUUUAAUAAACAUAAACAUCAUCUAUUCGCAUCAUGUGCAUUAAUUUUAUUGGCUUUACCUCGUCUGAUUAUAUCAUUUAUUAGUGGUUGUAUUCCUGUAGGGAAUGUUUUAUUAAAUAGUUUUGUAAAUCUUCCAUCAAAUUGUUAUUCCGUAAGUAAUCUUCGAACAAAUACCGAAUGGACACUUGCAACAAAUGUAUAUUCUCCAGUUGCAUCCAAUGCAAUGAUUGUUGAAUCUCGAGAAGAAUUAAAAUCUCUUUCAACAGAUUCAAUAACAACAGAAACUCCUUCUCAAAUAACAUCCAGUGACAAAUCACCAAUAAAUGGAACUGAUAUGAAAACAGAAUUUGUUAACUCUCCUAAAAAACAAUUUAAAACAGGUCAUGUUGAAAUCAUUAUCUGUGAUCCUCGAUGUCAGUCAAAAAAAAAAAUUCUAAAAAAGAAAAAAAUAUGA